AUGAUAACAGCAGUUUCUAAAUCAAAUGGUGAAAUUACUGUUUCAACAGUUGAACAAAGAUUAACGAAGAAAUCAGCUGAAUUCAUUGAUUGCUUCAUUCAUCCUAAAGCAUUUUCACUCGAUCCAAAUAUUUACACUGAAUUAGUCGAUCAUUAUACAUUACAAGCUUUAUGUUUUCCAAUUAAAGUAAUGGACUGGAUUCCUAUGGACGGUUCGUUCAGUAAAGGUUCACCAUCAGCAACGUUCACAGCAGCUUAUACACCAAUUAACGUUAAAAGCAUUUGGGCUUUAUUUAGGAAGAAUGAUAAUUAUAUCGUGAAUUUCGAAAAUCCUGAUAAAAUGCUUGUAAUCCUAAGUCUUCAAUCGUGCAAAAUACUUCAUUCAUGA